AUGUCCUUUGAUAGAGCAUCAGUCUUUAACACAAGUGUCCUUCCCGGAGAACAGAACGAUGACCAGUUCAGUGAGGUCAUUAAGGCAUUCCGUUCGUUCAUUUUGGAGUUUCGUAUGGAAAAUCAGUACAUCUACAGAGAACAACUCAGACAGAAUUUACUUGUAAACAAGUACUUACUGACGAUUCAAAAUGACCACUUAAUCGUAUUCAAUGAGGAGCUCAAUAAAAAGUUGGUAGAUGAUCCUGCAGAAAUGAUUCCACUUUUUGAACAGGCCAUCACAGAUAUUGCCAGGAGAAUCAUAUAUUUGAACAACGAGGAAAUACCGACCACCUUCCCUUCUUGUCAGCUCGUUUUGCUUAGUAACGAUAAUAAGGUUUCAAUGAGAGACUUGUCUUCAAGUCAUAUUGGUAAAAUCGUCAAAAUUUCGGGUAUCGUCAUCAGUGCAUCAACUCUCAAUUCCAAAGUUACGAAAGUUGCAUUGAUGUGCCGUUCCUGCAAACACACGCUUCAACUAUCGGUCACUACAAGUCUUGGGGAUAUCAACGCUCCGAAGUCUUGCCAGGCACCUCAACAACCCAACUCAGAGAAACCAUCUUGUCCUCCUGACCCAUAUAUCAUUGUUCAUGACAAAUCUACAUUCAUAGACCAACAGAUUCUUAAAUUACAAGAAACACCAGAUAUGGUACCUAUUGGAGAGAUGCCUCGUCAUCUACUAUUAAGUGUAGAUCGAUAUCUAACUAAUCAAGUUAUUCCAGGAACUCGCUGCGACAUGGUUGGUAUAUACUCCAUUUAUCAGGCCAAGCAGCCCCGAAGAGAUGGUGGGCAGAGUAAUGUUGCUAUUAGAAACCCUUUCAUGAGGGUAUUAGGUAUUCAUACAGCCACGGAUGACUCAAGGAUUGGCAAUUCUGUCACAUUCACUGAAGAGGAAGAGGAAGAAUUCUUAGAAAUGGCUCGUAGUGAUGGCUUUUACGAGACCUUUGCUAACAGUAUUGCUCCUUCUAUUUAUGGAAAUGAGGAUAUCAAGAAAGCUGUAGCUUGUCUUCUAAUAGGGGGAUCAAAGAAGAUACUCCCAGAUGGUAUGCGCCUUAGAGGUGACAUCAAUGUUCUUCUAUUAGGUGACCCUGGUACGGCUAAAUCACAACUGCUGAAAUUUGCUGAAAAAGUUGCCCCAGUUUCAAUUUACACCUCAGGAAAAGGUUCAUCCGCAGCUGGUCUGACGGCGUCUGUUCAAAGAGAUCCUGCAACAAGAGAUUUCUAUUUGGAAGGAGGUGCGAUGGUCCUUGCCGAUGGUGGUAUUGUUUGCAUUGAUGAGUUCGACAAAAUGAGAGACGAGGACAGAGUGGCCAUUCAUGAAGCAAUGGAACAGCAAACAAUAUCAAUUGCAAAAGCAGGAAUCACCACUGUAUUGAACUCAAGGACGUCAGUUCUCGCCGCUGCUAACCCAAUCUUUGGACGUUAUGACGACAUGAAGUCUCCUGGAGAAAAUAUUGACUUCCAGACCACAAUUUUGUCAAGGUUUGAUAUGAUUUUUAUUGUGAAGGAUGAACAUAAUCCUAAGAGAGACAUGUCCAUUGCUCAUCAUGUGAUGAAUGUUCAUACCAAUGGAGGAAUCAACAACGAAGACGAAGAUGUGGAGGGAGAGAUCCCUAUUCAAAAAAUGAAGAGAUUCAUCAUGUACUGCAAGCAGAAGGCAGCCCCUAGAUUAUCAGAGGCAGCUGCUGAAAGGCUCUCAUCGCACUUUAUCGGAAUUCGAAGAGAGCUGAAGAAACAAGAAUCUCAUUCUGCCGAGAGAUCGUCCAUCCCAAUCACAGUACGUCAAUUGGAAGCUAUCAUUAGAAUUACCGAGUCGCUAGCCAAGUUGGAGCUAUCUCCCGUUGCUUCUGAUAGACAUGUUACGGAAGCUAUCCGUCUGUUCAAGGCUUCGACUAUGGAUGCGGUCACCCAGGGAUCUGCUGAUACAGACGAAAUCAAAGCUCAAGUCACAGUGAUUCAGGCUCACUUGAAGAAACGUCUUCCGAUCGGGUGGUCUACUAGUGUAGAAACCCUAAAGAGGGAAUUCUGCCAUAGUAACAAAAUGCCCAAGUUUGUUAAUUUUGAUGAAUUUGCGUUGCAAAAGGCACUCUACAUCCUUGAGAAGAUGGAUACUAUCCAGUUUCGUCACCAGGGAAAAAGUGUUUUCCGUUCAGGAUUAUAG